UUUCCAGAGUCUCUGAAAGGGAAAAAUUUUCCACCAUGGAUUACACAAAGUUUUUAAGAUUUGGUUUCUGAUUUAAAAAAAAAAAAAAGAAAGAAAGAAAGAAAGGGAGAAGAAGAAAAGGGACAGGAGAAUGAGGAUGGUGGUUUUUCUAUCAUAAUUCUUCACAAUUUAUAGAGAUAUUUCCAGUUAUAAUAAAAAAAUAAUUGAGGGUGAUAUGGAAACGCAAAAAUUGAAUUAGGUUCAUUGUUUUCAUUUUUAUAAAUGAGAAGCUUGUGAAGGCUAUUUUCAUUUUCUCCUCCAUACCCAUGUUUACAGAGAUGAUGAGAUGCAUUUCAAUCAAUUCAUUUCUAGAAAAUUUUAUAGUCUGAGACAAACAGAGGUCUCACCCUCGAUCAAUUCCAAGAUCAAGGCCUUAGUUCAACAAGGAAAAUAUUCCCAAGCCCUGGAAUUACACUCCAAAACACCCCAUUCCGCUCUCACCACCGCCAAAUUCACCUUCCCAUCUCUUCUCAAAACCUGUGCCUCCCUUUCAAAUCUCUACCAUGGAAGAACAAUCCAUGCCUCCAUUGUCACAAUGGGUCUGCAAUCUGAUCCAUACAUAGCCACCUCUUUGAUCAAUAUGUAUGUGAAAUGUGGGUUACUCGGGAGUGCACUCCAAGUGUUUGACAAAAUGUCUGAGAGUAGAGACUCAGCUCCAGACAUCACUGUUUGGAACCCUGUGAUUGAUGGGUACUUUAAAUAUGGCCAUUUUGAGGAGGGUCUUGCGCAGUUUUGUAGAAUGCAGGAGUUGGGUAUUAGGCCUGAUGGGUACUCUCUUAGUAUAGUCCUUGGCAUUUGUAACAGACUUUCAUGGUACAUGGCAGGGAGGCAAAUUCAUGGUUACAUUAUCAGAAACAUGUUUGAGGGUGACCCUUAUUUGGAGACAGCACUGAUUGGGAUGUACUCCAGUUGCAGUAGACCAAUGGAGGCUUGGAGUCUGUUUGGUAAGCUGGAAAAUAGAAGCAAUAUUGUAGCAUGGAACGUGAUGAUUGGGGGGUUUGUUGAGAAUGGGAUGUGGGAAAAAAGCUUGGAAUUGUAUUCAUUGGCUAAGAAUGAGAACUGCAAACUUGUUUCAGCAUCAUUUACUGGUGCAUUCACUGCUUGCUCUCAUGGUGAAGUUCUAGACUUUGGCAGGCAGGUUCAUUGUGAUGUGAUAAAAAUGAAUUUCCAGGAUGACCCUUAUGUCUGCACUUCCCUCUUAACCAUGUAUGCCAAGUCUGGAUCAGUUGAAGAUGCCAAAAAGGUUUUUGAUCAGGUACUGGACAAAGAAGUUGAACUACGGAAUGCAAUGAUUUCAGCUUUUAUCGGUAAUGGUCGCGCUUAUGAUGCUUUGGGGCUCUACAACAAGAUGAAAGCAGGUGAAACCCCAGUUGAUUCAUUCACUAUUUCAAGUCUUUUAUCAGGUUGCAGUGUGGUUGGAUCUUAUGAUUUUGGUAGGACAGUUCAUGCAGAAGUAAUAAAGAGAUCGAUGCAGAGUAAUGUUGCUAUACAGAGUGCAUUGUUGACAAUGUACUACAAAUGUGGAAGUACGGAAGAUGCUGAUUCAGUUUUUUAUACAAUGAAGGAAAGGGAUGUUGUAGCAUGGGGCUCCAUGAUUGCAGGUUUUUGCCAGAACAGAAGGUUCAAGGAUGCUCUGGAUUUGUUCAGAGCCAUGGAGAAGGAAGGAGUGAAAGCAGACUCCGAUGUUAUGACUAGUGUGAUCAGUGCGGGUUUGGGACUGGAGAAUGUAGAACUGGGUCACUUAAUCCAUGGAUUUGCUAUUAAGCGUGGAUUAGAAUCGGAUGUCUUUGUCGCUUGUUCCCUGGUUGAUAUGUACUCCAAAUUUGGUUUUGCAGAGAGCGCUGAAAUGGUAUUCUCUAGUAUGCCAAACAAGAAUCUGGUGGCUUGGAAUUCUAUGAUUUCAUGCUAUUCUUGGAAUGGCCUUCCAGAGAUGUCCAUUAAUCUUCUUCCUCAAAUUCUACAGCAUGGCUUCUACCUGGAUUCCGUCUCCAUUACCACUGUCCUCGUUGCGGUUUCAUCAGUUGCAGCACUGCUUAAAGGGAAGACUUUGCAUGCAUACCAGAUAAGACUACAAAUUCCAUCCGACCUUCAAGUGGAGAAUGCAUUAAUCGAUAUGUAUGUGAAGUGUGGAUGUUUGAAAUAUGCUCAGUUGAUCUUUGAAAACAUGCCCAGAAGAAACCUAGUGACAUGGAACUCAAUGAUAGCUGGUUAUGGAUCUCAUGGGAACUGCGAAGAAGCAGUCAGAUUAUUUAAAGAGAUGAAGAGAUCGGAAACAGCUCCCGAUGAGGUAACUUUUCUUGCCCUGAUCACAUCUUGCAGCCAUUCUGGUAUGGUUGAAGAAGGCCUGAAUCUAUUUCAAUUGAUGAGAAUCGAGUAUGGGGUUGAGCCUAGAAUGGAGCAUUAUGCGAGUGUAGUUGAUCUAUUGGGCCGUGCUGGACGCUUGGACGACGCUUAUAGCUUCAUACGGGGCAUGCCAAUUGACGCUGACAGGAGUGUUUGGCUAUGUUUGUUGUUUGCCUGUCGAGCUCAUCGGAACAUGGAGCUUGGGGAGUUGGUUGCUGAUAACCUACUGAAGAUGGAGCCAGCCAGGGGCAGCAACUAUGUGCCACUGCUGAACCUUUAUGGAGAAGUUGAGAUGUGGGACAGGGCUGCAAACUUAAGGGCAUCUAUGAAGGGGAGGGGCUUGAAGAAGAGUCCCGGAUGCAGUUGGAUUGAAGUGAAAAACAGGGUUGAUGUUUUCUUCUCAGGAGACUCAUCUUCCACAAGGAGGAUCGAAAUCUACAAGACAUUGAGUAGUCUUAAGAGUAACAUGGAAGGGAAAGGAUGCUCCUAUGAAGGGAUUGAGGUGUGUUAAGAUCCUGUUCGUGAUGAUUUCUAAAUAAAUCAAGAUUUUUCAAGAUUUUUCAAUCGUUUCAUAUGGGCAGGACAGAUCAGAAGAACAAGCAAGAUAAGAUAAUUCUUUUUGUGAUCAAGGAAACAGUAGGAGUAACUCUUUGUUUCUCUGCUUUCAAAUUUGUCAAGAUACAAGAUUGAAACUUCAUACACCCAACACCUGUUGUUGGUCCAUUCUGACUUAUCCGGUAACGUAAUAAUCAGUAAACUCAUCUGAUUUGCAAGAGUA